AUAGUGUACCCAGCAACACUUGCCAUCUUCUGUCUCACCUUCACAGAGUACACUCACAAGUCCUUGGGUGCUAUCUGCAGCACUCAGCUGGACCCGGAGAUGGAGAACAGGCUCAAAAUUCUCAUCAGCUUCCUUGCCCUAGGUAUCAUGGGAUACAUCAACCUUGUCAGUGUCAAGUUGUACGUCCAUGUCCAGAACAUGUUCUCAUACCUCAAGUUGAGUAUCUGUGCCAUGGUCAUCAUGGGAGCAGUUUAUGUGCAGGCAACAGGGCAAUCCCACCCAAUUGUAUUUGGGCUUCCAAGGCACUAACUACUCCACCAAGGGUCUAAUCAUGGCCUUCUACAGCGGACUUUACACAUUUGAUGGCUGGUGUAUUGUCACUGGGGUUACAGAAGAGAUAAAAAAUCCUAACAAAAACAUCCUAUUCAGCAUCUUGAUAGCAGUGCCACUUGUGACAUGCCUUUACCUCAGUGUAAACCUUGCCUACCUCACUAUGCUCACAAUACCUCAGAUGGUAUCAGAGUCAGCUGUGGCUGUUGUGUUUGGAGACCUAGUUUUUGGUAAGUGGAAGCUGGUGAUCUCCUUGGGUGUAGCUUUUUCUGCGUUUGGCUCAGGGUUGUGCAACGUUUUUGCUGCUUCUAGAUUGUCUUACGUGGCAGCUAGAGACGGUCACCUCGUGGAGUCACUGUCCUACAUACAUAUGGAUAAACUGACACCAGUUCCAGCCAUUCUCCUGCAGAUUGCACUGACAGGAGUGUUUUUGCUGGCAGGUGAUAUGGUGUCCCUCAUUAACUUCUCAAACUUCUUGUUAUGGAUCUUCUAUGGACUGACCAUGGUCACAGUGUUUGUACUGAGGAGAACCAGACCUGAAGCUAAACGAAGUUACAAGGUGCCACUGGUGAUACCUGCUCUGGUUAUGGUAAUCGCUUUGAUGUUGGCCAUCAUCCCCCUGGUGACUCAGCCUCCUCUGCAGUACAUCGUAGCUCUAGUACUCAUAGUGCUGGGUGUUAUUGUCUACUACCCCUUCGUCUACCGCAAGCUCAGCCUGCCUUACAUGGAUAAAUUUACAUACUUCGUACAGGUCCUACUACAAGUGGUACCUACAGCCGAGCCAGAUGUUUUGUGAUAACUAUUUAAUACUUUAUCAUAUAAUAUUUUUAAUUAAAUAUAACAUUUGCUCAUAAUGUAAAUAAAUAUUUAUCCUCAUUAA